AUGUGGUCCUUAUCUCUCAUCUCGCUCCUUUGCCCUAUCGCACUCGCAGCAAGCUCUGGCUGUGGAACUCGCUUGCCCUCAGGACUCACACCGGGCAAAUCCACCAGCAAUGUCACUUUGUCCUCGAAAUCGGUAAUCGGCAAUAUCACCGAGCGCGAAUACAUCUUGCACUUGCCAUCCAAGUACAAGGCCUCGAACGAUGAAGCUCUGCCGCUUGUGUUUGCGUUUCAUGGGCAGCAACAGCCUGCAAGAAGCAUGGAGGCCAUUAGCGAGCUAUCCAACCCUGACUUCAACCCAAACACUAUCGUGGUAUAUCCAGAGGGCAUGAACGUUCAGGCACCCGGCGUGCAAUGGCUAGGCGACCCGUUAGCCCCCACUUCCUCUGUGAUCGAUGACCGAAUCUUUGUCGCCGAACUUUUCGCACACCUGACGUCGACUUUGUGUAUCGAUGAGAGCCGCGUAUAUGCCGUCGGCCUCUCUAACGGGGGCGGAUUGACUGGACUGCUUAUGUGUGAUGCGCACCUCAAUAAAAAGUUCGCUGCGUUUGCAACCGUGGCAGGCUCGUUCUAUCCUGACUCAAGCUUGACAGAGCCUCUAUUUGAGAAGGACUGCGUCCCAAGCUUACAAGAUAGGGCGCUCCCUUACAUGAAUCUGCACGGGCUCAACGACAGUGUGGUCCCCUACGAUGGCAACAGCGAAUCGCCACCACCGUUCAUCCCAGUACUGAGUUGGGUUGAGAGCUGGGCGAAGCGUGACAAGUGUGCGAGCAGCCCCUCGACGGAGCAACUGGAAAAUGGAACCGUUUCAGAGAGUCGAUGGCAGUGUAACGAUGUUAAUGAUGUCGUCAUUCACAGAGCGAUCCAGCGGUUUGGUCACGGCUGGCCGAGUCGCAAAAAUCAAGGGGAGCCUUUCGAAACAUUGAGGAAUGGGCCCACAUCAUGGGAUGCUACGCCCUACAUGUUGGAUUGGUUUGCCCGGUGGUCUUUGUAA